AUGUUCCCCCAGGUUGGGCUAUGUGAUGUCACGAUGACAUCGGUUGUAGGGCACAUAACAAAUCUUGAUUUUCCUCCUGGGUACCAAUGGGGACAGUGUCCCGCAAGUAGACUAUUCAAUGCCGAUAUUAUCACCAAAGUAACAAAGCAAGACGUUUUUGACAAUAUUUCUAAAGAAGCAAGAACAUCUGAUAAAUUGAUGAUAUGGACAGAUUGCGAUAGAGAGGGGGAGUUUAUAGGCAAAGAGAUUUUUGAUGCAGCCAGAAACGGGAACAGUAGGCUAACGUUGAAAAAUGUUUGGAGAAGUCGUUUCUCACACCUCGAAAAGAAUCAUAUUAUUCGAGCUGCUAAAACACCCGCAGAAUUGGAUAUGAAGUCCGCUGCUGCCGUGUCAUGCCGCAUGGAACUUGAUUUUAGGGUAGGGACUAGCUUUACGCGUCUUUUGACCGAUACUCUAAAGUCAAGUCACAUUAUUGAGAAAAAAGAUAUAGCAUCAUAUGGAACCUGUCAAUUUCCCACCUUGGGAUUUGUAGUUGAUCGAUACAAGAGAGUUCAAGACUUUAAGCCAGAACCAUUUUGGUUCAUAGAGCCUAUAUUAAGGAAAGAAGGAAGGAAAACUAUAUUCAACUGGGUAAAGGGCCAUUUUUUUGAUCGAUUGUAUGUUUGCAUAAUGUACGAAAAGUGCCUAAAGAAUGAGUUUGGAACGAUUGUAAAAUUGGAAACAAAGAGAACCACCAACUGGCGGCCGUUACCGUUAACGACGGUCGAGCUCCAGAAGGAUUGCGCCAAGUACUUCAAAAUGUCAGCAAAGACGGCAUUAGAUGCAGCAGAAAAAUUGUACAACAAGGGGUUUUUAUCCUAUCCAAGAACAGAAACAGACAAGUAUCCUAGUACAAUGGACUUUACAGGGAUCUUUGAAAAGCAAAAACAGGAUUCAAGGUGGGGGUCGCAUGCAGGAAAUUUGUUGUCUCAAGGUUUUGAAAAACCGCGAAACGGCUCCCACGAUGACCACGCUCAUCCUGCAAUACAUCCAGUCAAUUAUGUUUCUAUAGAUUCCUUAUCGAAUGCAAAUGAGAAGAAGGUUUACGAAUACGUGGUGCGCCGCUUUUUAGCGUGUUGCAGCAAGGAUGCUGUGGGGAGCUUAACGCAAGCUACUUUACAAUGGGGUGACGAGUUUUUCACAGCUAAUGGUUUGAUGGUGACUGAGAAAAAUUACUUGGAGAUUUUUACCUAUAAGAAAUGGGAAAGCUCAAAAGAAUUGCCCAAAUUUUUAGAAGGAGAACGGGUAAAAAUAUCCAAUGGCGUAAUCAAAGAAGGUAAGACAACUCCUCCGCAGUUAAUGACAGAAACAGAACUUAUUGCCUUAAUGGAUGUAAAUGGAAUUGGAACCGAUGCAACGAUUGCUGAGCACAUUGACAAAAUAUUGACCCGAAACUAUGCAAUUAAGCAAAAGAAAAAUAAAGCAGAAUAUAUUGUUCCUUCACCCCUCGGAAUUGGGCUUAUUGAUGGCUUGGAUAAAAUGGAAUUUAACGGAAUAUCUCUAUCCAAGCCGUUUUUGAGAAAGGAAUUAGAAAAGUCUUUGCAAGAUAUAUGUAAUGGCACAAAAAAUAAAGCUGAAGUUGUGGAAGAGAUGAAAAAGGUGUACUACAACGCAUAUGGCAUUUGUAAUCAAAAAAUUUCACUACUAACUAGCCAGUGUAGAAUUAGCAUCGGUCGAGGGCAGGCCCAACUGCCGCCGUGA